GCUCAGUCUGGAGCCAGCAUUCCAGGUAGUGGUGCAGAAUCUGGGGCAAGAGUGCUCACUCGCGAGCGCAGAAACCAUUACUUUCCCUCUAUAUACCGAGGAUGAGAUCCAGGUUCCAUUCCGGAAUGCUGACUUCUAACUACCACCCGCUCUCCUUUGUUGUGUCACAAUUGACCUGUUGUUGGUAGGCCAGUCUGAGCACAAGACUUCAAUCAAUAGCUUGAGUGUUGCGAGCCGGUGCAGCCCUUUUCCGUUUGCGACUCCGAAACAGGCCGUCGCUUUAUACCGGCUUCAACAAAAGAAGGACAGAAAGACUUCCCCGGAAAGACGACUCCGUCCCACUCUACCUCGGCAGAGCCCAUGCGCCGUCGCCCGGUUCGCGGCGAAUAGCACGAACGCGACAACCAUGAAGCCGGCCGCCCUGUUGGCGGCCCUCGUCUUCGCUGCUGGCCGAUGCAGCGGCGAGUUCACCAACUCGUUCGACGGCAUCACGACGGGGUCGGGCGUCUCACUGACCUGGAAAGCGGUGCCGCCGGAGCAGUAUCCGCUGUACAUCACGGCCAUGGUGAUUGAGAAGAAGAGUGCAGAUGCAUCCGGGGCGGAUGGGUACCGAGUCAAUAUCACGACCGGCGCCACUGGGACUUCGUACAUGUGGACGGGUGCGCCGUAUCCACUCCGUUGGGUCCCUGGCGGACUGUAUCAAGUCGAGAUGAGGUCGAUGAGUUGGGCCGGCCUCGGAGCACCACCGUUGCUCGCCCGGUCGCCAACUUUUACCAUAUCCGAGCCUGGGGGCGGCGCAAGGCCCAUUGGAUCAAGUUCUCCGCAAGCGUCGCCGGCGGGCCCCCAGAGGGGGGAUGCCCCAGCCAUAAGCAAGCCCGUGGCCAUCGGACUCGGAGUCGCCAUCGGAGUGCCUUCGAUAGCGGGGGCCGUGGUCGUGGGCUGGUGCUUCCGGAAACGUCAGCGGCAAGCUGCCAUGGAGAAGAGGCGGUUGAAGAGGAGCAAAUUCGUUAUCCACUGAAGGCAAUGCGAAGUAAUCUUCAACUCGAGCUUGGGGAGCGAGGCCAUUUUCCUGCGCGAGGACUUCCAUGUUUUUCCGAGCAGGAGGGAAAAUUUGUCAGAAGGGUGUCUGUGCCGUGCUGUGCCCGCGGGAGUGAAAUUGGAUGCUCUAUUGCCUAUUAAACGGUGGCAUUGUUGGAUUGUUGUGCAUGAUGCAGCGAGGGUGAUAAAUCUGAGCCAAUCAAAACGGUGGAGACCAGUGAAGACCGAGAAAAAGGGGAAACGAGUGGUUGUGUUGGUUCGUGGAAGGAGCUAUCAAUUUCCAUUGUGAUGAGGACAAAGGCAUACAUGCAUACACUGUGCAUGGAGCAUGGGCAAAAUACACAACAGGAAGAAAAUAGUUCAAGAAGUUCU